UCACAUCGCAUCUCGCUGUCUCAGGUUUCAGACUCUCAGCCGCCGCCGCUCCACCCAACGGCGCCGGCCGGUGGCCAGCCGCCGCUGCUCCUCCAGCUCCACCGCGUCCGUCCUGAACUCCGCUGCGUCCCUCACGCACUCCGCCGCGCCUCCCCCUACCCCGGCCCUUCUGCCCUGCCCCGCCCUCCUUUGCCCUAACCCUAAUUCGUAGCGGCGACCAACGGCGGCGCUCCGGCCAGGCCUCUGGAAGAACAAACGGCUGAAGUAUGAGGAGCCGCCGCCGCCGUUGCUCGCCGGCGACGGCGUCCCCAGUGGAAGACGAGAACCUUCUCCCGGAGAUCCUCCUGCGCCUCCCUCCGGACCCAUCGUCACUCCCCCGCGCCUCCCUCGUCUGUAAGCGCUGGCGCAGCAUCCUGUCCGAUCCGGACUUCCUCAAGCGCUUCCGCAGGCACCACCAAAAACCUCCACUGCUCGGCUUCUUCAGAGGUAAUUCAAUGAGCACAGAGCACCACUUCACUCCUGUGCUCGACUCGCCGGACCGCAUCGCUGCAGCCCGCUUCUCUGUGCCCAACAACAGCAACAAACACUGGAACUUCGUAGGCUGCCGCCACGGCCUCGCCAUCCUAGUCAACAUGUGGCUUCGUCAGGUGAUGGUGUGGGAUCCCCUCACCGGACAAGAGCACCGUGUGGCUUGUCCACCUGGGCUGGUGUUCGACCCGGAGGUCCACCUGGUGUACUGGGAGGCCGCGGUGAUGUGCGCUGAUGCCCAAGACGGGCACGUGCAUGGGAUUGCUUCUCGAGACCGCUCAAAUUGGUCUUGA